CUUUGGUGAAGAUCAGAUUUAUGUAGAAAACCAGGAAAUGCAAACGGUGCCAUGACUUGUUUUUGUUGACUAUGUAAAAGGAAUGAAAACUGUGGUUGUGAGGACGUUAGAGAUAAUGUUUCAGACCCAUUCAGCCUCCCCACUUUAGGUGUAAUAUCACCACUAUAGUCUCUGAAGGUUUCUCUUCAUACAGGCUGGUAUUUCUCAUUUUCAACCAUUUUAACAAAUGUCCAAACCACAUCAGCCCUGGGCAUCCAUGACCUUCCUUAGACACUGUUGUAGCCACUGACCACUGCAGACUGGGAACACCCAACAGGACCUGCAGUCUGGGAGAUGCUCUGACCCAGUCGUUGACCAUCACAGUUUGGCCUUUGUCAAAGUGACUCAGCUCCUUCCACUUUCCGGUUUCUCCUGCUUCCAACACGUCACCUUGAGGAACUGAAUGUUCACUUGCAGCCUAAUAGACCCCCCUCACUGACAGGUGCCACUGAGACCAGACAGCGUUAAUCAAUGUUAUUCACUUGACCUGGCGGCGGCUCUAAUGUUCUGGCUGAUGGCUGAUGGCGUUAUUCAUCUUUUCAGGAAUAUAUCGUUUAAAUGUGAACUGCUCGACAGACGAAGACCACCCUGGAGCUCAGACCAAACUUGGAGAGGACGCUGAGGUAGUUUGCCUCCAGCUCUGGCUGAGAGGAAGAAAGCCUGAAGGCUGGACUUACAAGUUACAACUUCAAGUUACAGGAAAGAAGAAAAAGAUAUUUAAGAAAUAAACUCUGAUUUUGUGGGAGGACUGGAGUCGAUUUGGGACACAGAGAACAGGAGGUGAAAGAUGAGAUCCAGGAGCCGCACUAUGGAGGGUCCAGAUGAUGGACACAUCCAGCCCCCUAAAGGCUUCAUCAAGCAGGAUGAGGUGAACGCACCAGAGCCGAUGAAGAGGAAGAUGAAAGUCCAGCAGGAGGAGAAGGACGGGAGGACAGGCGUAUCGGGGACAACGAGGAAACCUCAGAAACCAGCAGAGAGAAGGAAGAUGCCAGAUCUGUCCAGGAAGGACCUGGUUCAUCUGCUGGGAAUCAUGGAAGGAGAGAUUCAGGCCAGAGAGGACAUCAUCGGCCUGCUGAAGUCAGAGAGGACCAGACCGGACACUCUGGAGGCUCAUUAUGGUUCAGCUGUCCCCAUCAAACCCCUGCAGGCCCUGCAGAGAGACGGGCUGCUCACCCAGAGCGGCAGCAGUGCUGAUGACGUCUAUGAGAAGCCCAUAGCCAAACUGGACCGUCUGGAGGACAAACAGAAGGAGACGUACAGACGGAUGUUAGAGCAGCUGCUGCUGGCUGAGAAAUGUCACCGCCGCACUGUCAUGGACCUGGACAGUGAGAAGCGGAAACAUGUUGACUUCAUGAACAAGAGUGACGACUUCACCAACCUGCUGGAGCAGGAGAGGGAGAGACUCAAAAGGCUGUUGGAGCAGGAAAAGGCCUACCAGGCUCGUAAGGACAAGGACCACAGCAGGAGACUGGAGAAGGUCAGAGCAGAACUGGUGAAGCUCAAGUCUUUUGCCCUAAUGUUGGUGGACGAGCGGCAGCUGCACAUUGAGCAGAUUGACCAGCUGAGCCCGAAGGUUCAGGACCUCACUCAGAAGCUGCAGGAAAAAGAGCAUCGAUUGGUGGCUGUCACCGACGCUGCCAAGGAGGACGGCCAGAAGGUCCUCAAGUUGGAGGCCGAGCUGGAGCACAGAGCAGUCAAGUUUGCACAGGAGCAUGAGGAGAUGGCCAACAAGCUGGCUAAACAAGAGUCUGAAAGCCGGCAGCUCAGGCUGAAGCUGGCAGGACUGGCAAACAAGAUUGAGGAGCUGGAGGAGAGCAAUAAAGUGCUGCAGAAAUCAGAGGAGGACCUGCAGGAGCUCAGGGAGAAGAUCAGCAAAGGAGAGUGCGGGAACUCGUCUCUCAUGGCCGAGCUUGAGAAACUGCGGAAGAAAGUGCUGGAGAUGGAGGGAAAGGAUGAGGAAAUAACCAAAACAGAAACUCAGUGUCGGGAGCUGAGGAAGAAGCUGCUGGAUGAGGAGAACCAUGGCAAGGAGCUCAGGUUGCAGGUGGAAAAACUGCAGAAGAGGAUGGCUGAACUGGAAAAGCUGGAGGGGGUUUUCAGCAAGAGCAAAACAGAGUGCUCUCAGCUUCAUACCAACCUGGAAAAGGAGAGACAUGUCGUGAAAGAUCUGGCUUGUGAGCUGGAGACACUGAAAACCCGGCUGAAGGAACUAGAGUCAUCAGAGUCAAAAUCUGAAAGGGCAGAAAUGAUUCUCAAAGACGACCUCAUGAAGUUGAAGUCCUUUACAGUCAUGCUGGUAGAUGAAAGAAAAAACACGGCAGAGAGACUUAAACAGGAAGAGCAAAAGAGUGAUGAUUUAAGUAAGAUGUUCAAAGCAGAGCAAGGGAAGGUUACAGAGGUUACAGAGAAGCUGAUUGAGGAGAGCAAAAAACUUCUCAAAUUCAAGUCAGAGAUGGAGUUUAAAGUGGCAACUCUCACUAAAGAGAAAGAGGAGCUAAGAACUAAACUUGCAAGUGAAGAGGAAAAGUGUAGGAAACUCAAUAACAAGGUAAGUGGGAUGAAAAUCAGAAUGGACGGACUAGAGGAGACAGAGAGAGAGAUGCAGAGAAAGUGGGCCAACGAGGACAGUAACAGAAAUCCAGAUGAAGACAAUAAAAUAAAAGAGCUUACGCUAGAAAUUGAAAGACUUAAGAGCAGGCUCAAACAACUGGAGGUGGUGGAGGGAGAUUUAAUGAAAACAGAGGAUGAGUAUGACCUGCUGGAGAAGAAAUUUAGGACAGAGCAGGACAAAGCAAAUGCCCUUUCUAAGCUCCUGGAAGAGAUGAAAAGUCAGAUCGCCAGAAACAAAGCAAUAGAGAGAGGUGAGGUCACAAACCCCGAGACCGAGUUACGAAUCCGCUGCAGGAUGGAGGAGGCUAAAACCAGAGAGCUGCAGGCUGAUGUCCAAGCCCUGAAGGAGAAAAUCCAUGAACUGAUGAACAAGGAGGACCAGCUCUCCCAGCUGCAGGUGGAUUAUUCUGUCCUCCAGCAGAGAUUCAUGGAGGAGGAAGAGAAGAAGAACAGCAUGAGUCAAGAAGUGGACAAUCUUACUAAGGAACUGGAAGCCACCAAGUGCUACAGUCGGGCUUUGAGGCCUAGUAUGAAUGGUAGAAGGAUGGUCGACGUCCCGGUUACCUCCACAGCAGUGCAAACAGAUGUGAUAGUCAGCGAACCUGGUGAGGACGAGACGGCAGCAGGCUUCAUCCGACAAUCAGUUCUUGAAGAACACCACUUAAUGAGCAAUCUAAGACAACAGGGUCUUAAGAAGGCAGCGGUUCUUGAACGAUACCCUCCAGCAUCCACAGACCUUGGGGUGAGAAAAUCCUGGAUACCCUGGAUGAAAAAGAAAGAGGCCAUCACACUCAUGCAAACCCCUCCUGACAAGACCUAUGGGGCUUCCUUGCACCAUCCACCUGAAAUGACCAUGUCCCAGAAGCCAUGUCAGCCACUACACAUCCGAGUGACCCCGGAUCAUGAGAACAGCACCGCCACCUUGGAGAUCACCAGCCCUCAAGCUGAGGAUUUCUUCUCCAGCACCACCAUCAUCCCCACUCUUGGUUUCCAGAAACCACGAAUCACAAUAGUCCCUAAGCCCACAACUGUGAUGUCAAAGAGCAAAGCCUGUGACAUGAGGGGAGGACUUGAUCGAGCCAAGUCUCCAGUCACAAUAACCACUAUCUCCAGGGCCAAGAGUGUGGAGAAGGCCAAUGGCAACGGCUCUGGUAGCCGUCAGUCUCCCGUGUCCAUCAUCACAGUCAGCACGACUCCUGUGGCUGAAGCAUGUGCUUCAUCUGAGCCUCAUGAAAUGACUGCGAGUCGCACUGUGAUCAAGGUGACCCCAGAGAUGCAGCCUGGGUCCGCACCUGUCCGGAAAUACAACAGUAAUAGCAACAUCAUCACAACAGAGGACAACAAGAUCCAUAUCCACCUGGGUCCACAGUAUAAAAGGCCUGCUGAGAGAUGCAGCAGCCCAGUGGUGACGCUCCGAGCUCAUGCUUUGAGCUCAGAAAGCAGAGAAGCAUUGACAGGAACAGUACUCCGCUCCCCACGCCAGCCCUCAGUGGGGAAGACCACUCCAAGCAAAAUGACAAGCAGCAUAACAAUCACGCCCAUCACCUCUGCAGCCUCCAAGCCCACACAGUCUCUGCCCGGCUCGGAUGUGCUGUCAGCUCGGAGCGCGGCCACGCGGAUCCCUGUGUCAAAAGGUUCACUGAUGGACUUCACCUCAAACAGCCGCCGUUGAGCUGUGAAGUGAUGAGAAGAGGUGUCUGCCAGGAGACGCUCUGCUUUCAGAAGACUCCUGGUUAAAGCUCUUGGAUGAACAGUGAAAUGCCAUUUCACUCUAGGUUACAUGCAACAGCUAACAGAUACAAGCCACAUGACAGGUUCACGCUACCUGUCAGUGAAAUUGUGGCCUUACAGCAAAGCCAUCAUUUCUGUGUUUCACUUUCUCUGUGUUUUUUAAAAUAAAAAAUAUAUCAUUUUUAUAGAUAGGUCUGCACAUUACAUUGCCAUGGAUGUGUUCAAAUGUGCCUUUGAGCUUGUGUUUUGCUUAAAUUUGGUCCUAAACAGUUAGUUUGACAGUGAAACUGGUUUGAAGCGGAAGCUGGUGAUUUCCUUAGGUUUAAUAAAAGUUGCAAUAUCAUGUAUUUGGUGGCAGGCUAAUCAAUUUGGUAAAGUGCUUUGCGUUGAUCAAAACAGUUGCUCUCACUUGUACUACUGUUUUUUUUUCACAUUAAUAUUAAUUUUAACUCUGCAUCAUAAACAUCCAUGUGAUCACAGGGUUGGUGGUUCGAUUCCCGUUCUUCCCGGUCCACAUGUCCAAGUGUCCUUGGGCCCGUGCAGGACCACUCUGCUGCCACUGGUGUGUGAGUGGGUGAAUCUGUAAAGCGCUUUGUCCAGGUAUGGUAGAAAAGCGCUACAUAAGUGCAGUCCAUCUAUCAUUUAUUUAAAUCACACAGAAAUGAUGAUGCAUACGUGACCUUUUCUGAAUAAACAAUGACCAUAUGUACUCUGAUCUGUCCACUUGUGG